CUGUUUUCAGUUUUAAAAAAACUUCAGAAUGGGUAAGGAAAAGGUUCAUAUCAACAUUGUGGUCAUUGGUCACGUCGACUCUGGAAAGUCGACCACUACUGGUCACUUCAUCUACAAGCUUGGAGGAAUUGACAAGCGUGUGAUGCAGAGGUUUGAGAAAGAAGCUGCUGAAAUGAACAAGAGGUCAUUCAAGUAUGCUUGGGUGCUUGACAAGCUCAAGGCUGAGCGUGAACGUGGUAUCACCAUUGAUAUUGCCUUGUGGAAGUUUGAGACCACGAAUGUUACUGCACAGGUACCUAUUUGGAUCAAUCUGCCUACAAUCCAUACCAAAAGCAACAGGUACUGAAUUGCAAAUUGGAUUAUGCUU